AUUUACUUUUUUUAGAAGUCUGACUGAGCUGAGCAGUCAUCAUGACGAGAACAUUCGAUAACAUCCACUGGCACUGGGCUUGUUUGUUCGUCAUCGCCACUUGCCAAAUUUCAUAUUCUGCAACUGAUGGUGCUACUGUUCAAGAUUCAUUCAGGCUGGCAGCAUACUAUUCGGACCAUAUGGUCCUGCAGAGAGGUCCUGAUCAUGCAGUUAUAUGGGGAUAUGCUGUCAAAGGUGCUCAGAUAACACUACUAUUCAAGGGUGUUAAAUACACCACAACAGCUACCACAGCUACUUUUACAAGCGAAGGGGUGUGGAAAGUGACCCUUGACCCCCAACCUCCAAGUGGUCCUUUCACCAUCCAGAUAACGUCAGACAAUCAAGGAGUUCAAGAAGUUAUUGCACUGGAAGAUGUUCUCUUUGGAGAUGUUUGGGUUUGCAGUGGACAAAGUAACAUGGCGUUUGAUGUCAAGUCUGCAUUCAAUGGGACCGAGGCUCUUAUUGAGUCAUACCAGUAUUCUCUUAUUCGAGUUCUUUCAGUGUUCGAGGUGGAGUCGACUGUGCCUUUGUAUGAUCUUCAAAGUGUUUAUAAACCAUGGUCUUUGCCCAAUCCAGUUUCUUUGGGAGGUCAGAAUGUCAACUUUGAGUUCUAUUUCUCUGCUGUAUGCUGGUUCUUUGGACGAGACCUUCAUGAUCACCUUAAGUAUCCUAUCGGUUUAAUUUCUACAAACUGGGGUGGUACCCCUGCAGAGGCGUGGUCACCUCCUGAGGUGCUAAGCAGCUGUAAUAUAUCAACACCAGAGAGACAAGAAGACAGUGAAAGGAUUGAUAAUCAAGUCAAAUUGAAUAAGUCUUCAUCCAGACCAGAAAAGACAUUCAAUGGAACAGAGUCUGUAGUCUCCCAACGUGUUGGUGGACCACAAGGUCAUAGUGUCCUUUGGAAUGCAAUGAUUCAUCCUCUCCUUAAUAUGAGCAUUAAAGGUGCUAUCUGGUACCAAGGAGAAGAUAAUGCAGUUCAUGACCCAUCAACGUACAACUGCUUGUUCCCUCAUAUGAUUAACAGCUGGAGAAAGGAGUGGUAUGCUAGUACUGGGGGAGUCAUGAAUCCACAAUUUCCUUUUGGUUUUGUCCAGCUCUGUAAUUCAGAAUAUCCCGGGAAUGCUAAUUUCACUGCUUUGCGUUGGCACCAGACAGCAGACUACGGCUACGUUCCUAAUCCACUCAUGCCUGAUGUCUUCAUGGCAGUUGCCAUUGAUUUACCUGAUCUCAAAUCACCCCAUGGACCUGUUCAUCCUCGUGACAAAGAGGAUGUGUCGGCUAGGCUACUACUAGGUGCUAGAGCAGUUGCUUAUGGGGAGAAUUAUACAACAUUCCAAGGCCCUUUCCCAAGCAACGUCUCGUAUAUCGCCUCAUCUUCUCUUUCAAUUCAGUUCAACGAUGGAAAAGCAAAACUCAAGAUGAACAACAAGGCUGGGUUUGAUGUUUGCUGUGCAUCAUCCUUCGCCGACUGUCCUCUUCAGGGUAACUCUUCCUGGGUAACCACUACCAUCAUGAGCCUCUAUCAGAAUGCUACCGUUGCGAUUGAAGACCCCUGUUCUGGUCCCCCAAUGGCCGUCAGGUACAUUUGGGCUGAUCUCCCCUGCGAGUUUAAAGACUGCCCUCUAUAUGAUGCCGUGAGUCAGCUGCCGGUUCCUCCGUUUUUCUUGCCUGUCAAGCAGCAAUCUGUGAAGAGGACACCAAAUAUUGUUUUCAAUUGAUGGGAUGUAAAGUAACACAAAACUAGCAACUGAUCAUACGAUUGAUUUUCUGAGUGAUU